AUGGGUGUACUCGAUAUUGUUCCCGCCGGUGUUGUCACUGGUGACAAUCUACGCAAGCUUUUCCAAUAUGCUCGAGAGCACAAGUUUGCCAUCCCAGCCAUCAACUGCACUUCAACAAGCACGAUCAAUGCGGCUCUUGAAGCAGCUCGUGAUAUCAAGUCGCCGAUCAUUAUUCAGUUCUCAAAUGGUGGUUCCGCCUUUGUUGCUGGCAAAGGUUUAAGCAACAAGAAUCAAGAAGCAUCCGUUAUUGGUGCUGUUGCUGGUGCACAGUAUGUGCGUACAGUGGCCAAGGCGUAUGGUAUCCCUGUUGUCAUCCACUCUGAUCACUGUGCCAAGAAAUUGAUUCCAUGGUUCGAUGGCAUGUUGGCAGCGGACGAGGAAUACUUCAAGGCCAACGGUGAGCCCCUGUUCUCAUCGCACAUGCUCGAUUUGUCGGAGGAGCCCAAGAAUGAAAAUAUUGAGAUUUGUCUCAAGUAUUUGAAGCGUAUGGCGCCUAUGGGAUGCUUAUUGGAAAUGGAGAUUGGUAUUACGGGUGGUGAAGAGGAUGGUGUGAACAAUGAAAGUGUGGACAAUGCUUCCCUUUACACCCAACCUGAAGAUAUUUGGGACAUCUACAAGGCAUUCAGCGAAGUCACUGAUCUAUUUUCGAUUGCGGCUGCUUUCGGUAACGUGCAUGGUGUCUAUGCUCCAGGCAAUGUCAAGCUGCAUCCAGAGUUAUUGGCGAAGCACCAAGCCUAUGUCAAAGAGCAACUCAAGACUGACAAUGACAAGCCUGUAUUCUUUGUCUUCCAUGGUGGCUCAGGCUCAACUGAACAAGAAAUUGCCACUGCAGUCAACAACGGCGUUGUCAAAAUGAAUGUUGAUACCGAUACUCAAUGGGCUUAUUGGGUUGGUCUCAAGGAUUAUUAUCAAGCCAAAAAGGAUUAUCUUCAAACUCAGGUGGGUAAUCCUGAAGGACCAAACAAACCCAACAAGAAGUACUAUGAUCCACGUGUGUUCAUUCGCGAGGCCGAAAAGACAAUGAUUGCUCGUGUGCAACAAGCAUGCAAGGAUCUUGGCAAUGUCAAUCAGAACUAA